CCUUUCAGAACCUAAACCUUAUAUCGUCCUCAUUCACCAACCAACGAAACUUCACCCUCUGUUACUUCAACUAUUUAAGCCAUCUCUGCAACCCAAUCUUUACAAAAUCUCCUUUCCUCUUGCAUUUCAAAAAACACAGCGACGAUAACGAGGAAAAACUGCAGCAAUGGGCUUUGACGAGAGACGGACAUUGUUGGAGGAAUUGAUCGAGAGAGCAGGAGGCUGUGCAGUCAUUGAUGGAGGUUUCGCUACACAGCUCGAGAGACACGGCGCUUCCAUUAAAGACCCUCUUUGGAGCGCCAUUUGCUUGAUUAAAGACCCAGACCUCAUCAAGCGGGUUCAUAUGGAAUACCUGGAGGCUGGUGCUGAUAUCUUAAUAACUUCAUCUUACCAGGCCACCAUCCCUGGAUUUCUCUCCAGGGGAUUGUCCAUUGAAGAAAGUGAAUCCUUACUACAGAAGAGUGUCAAAUUGGCUGUUGAAGCUCGUGACAAGUUCUGGGAUGCCAUAACAACUACUCCUGGGCAUAGUUACAAUCGAGCUCUGGUUGCGGCCUCAAUUGGAAGCUAUGGAGCUUAUCUUGCUGAUGGUUCAGAAUACAGUGGGUGCUAUGGACCAGAUGUAAACUUGGAUAAGCUGAAAGAUUUUCAUCGGCGUAGACUGCAAGUUCUUGUGGAGGCCGGUGCUGAUUUGCUUGCUUUUGAGACCAUUCCUAAUAAACUUGAAGCUCAGGCCUGUAUCGAGCUUCUUGAAGAAGAAAACAUUCAAAUUCCAUCUUGGAUUUGCUUCAGUACCGUCGAUGGUCAGAAUGCACCAUCAGGAGAGACUUUUGAAGAGUGUCUUAACAUGAUAAACAAGACUAACAAAGUAAAUGCUGUAGGCAUAAACUGUGCACCUCCCCAUUUUACAGAAAGUCUCAUUUCUAAAUUUACGAAGUUAACUCAAAAGGCAAUAGUUGUUUAUCCGAAUAGUGGGGAGGUAUGGGAUGGCAGAGCAAAGAGAUGGCUGCCAUCGAAAUGUUUUGGCGAUGACAAAUUUGAGGUGUUUGCAACAAGAUGGCGUGACUUGGGAGCUAAACUCAUCGGGGGUUGUUGCCGUACAUCUCCUUCUACAAUCCAAGCCAUAUCAAAGGCUUUGAAAGAAAGCUCUUAAGCAGUUCUGAAGAUCAUGCAUAAUUUAAGGAAUACAAAAGGUUUUGAAAGGAAUCUCUGAAUUAGUGAGAGGAUUACCCCCGAGUCUCCUGCAAUAUAUUUAUUGUAGUCUAGAGAUAGUUAUUUCUUUAGACAGAUGAGAUCUUUUUGUAGUUUUUUUUUUUCUUUUGAAAUGGGGAAGGUUUACAUCCAUCCCUUGAGACCAGUUGAGGCAGAAGGGUGUAAGUUUACUAACUAGUCAUUUUAAAUUUGAUUUAUUCCAUUCUUGAUGUUAUAUGCAGAAA